GCCCAUCUAGUCCUAUUCCUUCCUCCUAGCUAGGCAGCAGGCAGCCAGCAGACGAGCGAGGAGGAUCCCCCGCCCGGCGACGAGGAAUCGAGGAUGGUGAAGGCGGUGGUCGGCGACGAGGCGCACCUCAAGGCCUUCGAAGAAGCGCUGUCCUCCUCCUCUCCUCCGCCGCAAGCCCAGGUCGGCCUCGUCGUCGGCAAGCUCAGCGCUUCCUCCGACCGUGCCCUCGUCUAUUCCCUCCUUCCCACGCCGCCCACCGAGGACGCCGCCCCCGCAUGCUCCCUCCGCGCCGCCCCCAAGCCCAAGACCUCCAAGCCCAAAGCCACUUCCUCCUCUGACGCCUCUCUUGAGUUCGAUGUCGAUUGGAUCGCCGAGCACGCGCGACAGGUGUCGAGGAUGCUACUCGGAGGAAUGAGUGUCGUAGGUAUUUACAUAUGGGCUUCCGAGGCAUCCUUCAAGGCCACAUCCCCCGCAGUCUUAUCGCAGGUUAUUAGAGCAGUUUCCCAAGCUUGGUAUGGCCGUGCAUUCACUGAGAGGCUGCUCAUUCACAUCUCCUACAGUCCUCGGAGAUGGGCUUGUCGUGUAUGUGAGCUUGCAUCAGGAAGUCUGCGUCCGUGUGAUUUCAAAUACAGCAAACUACUAUCUUCUCUUCAAACUUUCAGAUGCGCAUAUAAUUUUGAGAUAAGGUUAACAGCUGUUCAAGCUGAGCCAUUUAAGAAAGUUAUUUUGAAGGCAAUCAGUCACCUCACAGAGGAAGUGCAGAAUGCCAGAGCUUUGGUCAAUGGACAUCUCUUUUCAGAAGACAUAAACAUUAGUACAGAGGGCCCACACCAAGUCGAUUUUCUUGUGCCAUUCAAGAAUGCUGUACCUGUUGAAGAAUGCAGUUUAGAUGGAGUUGCUGGGCUUCUUCGCUUCGCUGGAUCUGUCAGUGCCUUCGCAUACUUGGGCCCGAAAGAAUCUGUUUCAGAAGCUAUAUCUGAUCUGAAGGCAGACAUCAUUACAAGUAUAAGAAGCAGGUUGGAUAUCAUCCUGGAUGACGCAGAUGAUGGCUCUGUCACUAAUGAGUUGGAGCAAUCACCAUCUCAGAAGGCCACUCAAGUUGUAUUCCAUGAGUUGAGAGAAUCUUACAGUUUCUCGUUCCCGAGGAGGGUCCUGAUACCUUGGUUGAGUGGCGCCUAUGUUUGUGAUUACCUGCAACGAUCAGAGACAACAGAGGAUGCAACGGCUCGCUGCAAGGAAGUGAUACCACUGGAAACAGCCGCGGAAACCUCAACAAUCCUGGAACCAGAAAGUGCCGCGACCUGUGGCACACCAGAAUCCUUUUGGGACAUGGUGCCUGGAGCUCGUAGUGAAGCACGAGACAGAUCCAGCAGGCUGAAAGGUAGUGGCUGCACUGGACAGGAUGGUGAUGAUAGGAGCAGAAGAGGACAAGGUGGCAUGAACUUGAACGUCCUAGCAGCUCUGUUUGCACUGCUGGUUGCUCUGAUAGCUGGAUUUGUAUUCACCUUCUCUGUGGGUUCCAACCCCUGAGCCCGCCUUGUGUUGUAGCACCAGUAGAUGGCAUGCCAAAGAUGUUAGAAACUGUGUCAAAAAUGAGUUAUUUUAUGUAAAAGGAAUUGGAAAUAGAUGGCGAUUUCCACUAAAUUGGAGGUCGUUUCUUGCAUUGUUUGAGUCAAAA